AUGGCCAUUGCGCAAAGGUGCCUCUACAGUAUGUUCGGCGGGGCCAGGACGCACUGGACGCUGCCAGCAGUUAUUGUACUGUGGACUUCUCUCUUGGGGAUCGUUUCAUCUUAUCCGGUUCCGAGUAGGACUAAUGCAACUUUAUUGGAAAAGAAAUGGGAGACCCUCUUCUCCCGCUCCUAUCUGGGCAUAGCUGGGGGAAAAUCGGAGCUGAACUGGGAGAGUGACUAUUUGCAGGGUAUCAAAAGAGUGCGGCGACUGUACUGCAACGUGGGCAUUGGGUUUCACCUGCAGGUGCUCCCGGACGGCAGGAUAAGCGGUGUACACAAUGAGAACCAAUACAGUCUAAUAGAGAUCUCCACCGUGGACAGAGGAGUGAUCAGCUUGUUCGGAGUGAGGAGUGAGAUGUUUGUCGCAAUGAACAGCAGAGGAAGGUUAUACGGAACGAGAGUCUUCGUGGACGAGUGCAAGUUCAAGGAGACUCUGCUGCCCAACAACUACAACGCCUAUGAGUCUUUUGUUUACAAGGGCUUCUACAUCGCCCUCAGCAAGCAUGGCCGCGUAAAGAGAGGCAACAAGGCCACCACCGCCAUGACCGUCACACAUUUCCUCCCGCGACUAUGA